AUGCGUCUCACAACCCUCCUCGUCUCCCUCGCCUCUCUCGCCUGCGCCGCGGAGCUCGGCAUCGAAACAACCCACAAGGUCGAAUGCACCCGCAAGACCCAGAACGGCGACAACAUCUCCAUGCACUACCGCGGCACCCUCCAGGACUCGGGCAAGCAAUUCGACUCCAGCUACCAGCGAAAUGUGCCGUUGAACUUUAAGCUGGGAUCCGGUCGGGUUAUUAAGGGAUGGGACCAGGGCCUUCAGAAUAUGUGCAUUGGCGAGAAGCGGACGCUGACUAUUCCCCCCGAGUACGGCUACGGUGACCGUGGCGUCGGACCUAUCCCCGGCGGUGCGACCCUAGUUUUCGAGACUGAACUGGUCGCCAUUGAGGGCGUUGAGAAGGAUGAGCUCUAA